AUGGACCUGAACCACUUCUUCACGACCACCCAAGCAAGUCAGGUGAUGGGAGGGCCUCUACGCCAGCAGCAAACCUGGGCAGAGCCUAGUGACCAAUGCUCAAAGAGCACAGUGUGCUUGGUGCGCUCAGAAGCAUCCUACUGCUUUGUAUUUAAUUCCUACUGUGGCUUUACGUUGCCAACCGUCCCAAUAGCUUCUGUGUCCUUCUUUGGAGAUAGCUACGUGGAGGUGAGGGAGCUUGGUGUUUUUGCUUCAUUCAGUCUCUCCAUAAAGUUCCUGACCAGUAGGCGCAAUGGAUUUCUCUUUUUGGCCGAAGGACAAUCUGACUACCUGCUGACAGAGUUGCACUCUGGAGUGUUACAGGUGAAAUUAAAACUUGGAUCUGAAGAAGCAGUAAUACAUUCUCUGUCUGGCCUGAAGCUUAACAACCUUGUAUGGCAUGAUGUACUUCUUAUGCACGACAACGGGAUCCUGACCUUAACUGUUGAUGAACUCUUCACAACUUCUGUGAAGGUGCCUGGUGAACUGAAUGUGGACAAUGGCCUGUAUGUGGGAGGACCUGGAGAGCUGAGAAGCCCCUACUUAACAAGUGCAUCCCCUCCCUUCAGAGGUUGCAUUUCUAAAGCUGUCUUCAAUGACAAUGAUAUCCUAAGGCCACUCAUAUCACAACCCCGAUAUAAAACUCUGCAUGAAGUAGAACUUGGAUGUAGCCAGGUAUUGACAGCAGGGAAUGAUGACCCUAUCAGCUUUCUGGGACCCAAAUCCUAUGUCUCUUUUCCAAGCUGGAAUGCAAAAGAGGAAGGGAUAUUCCAGUGUUCGUUGAAGACUGUUGUCCUGGAAGCCCCUUUGCUCUACCAUUUAGGGCAGCAAAAUAAUUUUAUUGCUCUUGAAAUUACCCAAGGGCAUUUACGCGUCAUGCUCGACAAGGGAAGUGGAAUUUAUGUCCUCGAAAAUGCCCGUUUUAUUAGUGACGGCAAGUGGCACACUGUUACACUGUCAGCUCAUAUAAACCAGAUUGAACUCAUCGUAGAUGGUGAAAGGGCGGAGCAGACUUUCCUAAGUGAAGAUGAGGAGAACUAUCUAGAUCUCGAAGGGCAUUUGUUUAUUGGAGGAAUAGAUAAAAAAGUUCUAGCUGAAAUAAGGAACCGGGACCUCUCCACCAUACUGGGAGAACAAACAGUGUCCGGUUCCUUUGUUGGAUGCAUUCAAGACUUAAAGGUGAACUCAGUAAAGAAAAGUUUGCCGGACGCAAUACUCACAAAGGGCAUUUAUACGGAGUGUGAAGAUGAGGAAAGUGUGGCCAACGGGCAAUUUGAGGACCCAGUAACGCCCUCUGCAAGUCACGUGCAGGUUCCGACAGCCAGCCCUACAUUUGCACCGUGUUUGCUGAGCAAGAACAUGCCUGAAGCCUUCAACAAUUUUACUAGGCUGUUAUCUCUGAGGCCAUUGAUUGUAAAGGAAGGAGGGGGUGCAGUUUUAGAGCUUGAACAUGUCCAUCCCACUCUUGAUUUGAGCAGCAUUAGAGUAAGACAUUCCCAAGUACUUUUCAAGGUGACUGAGGAUGGAAUACAUGGCCGCCUGAAAGUAAAUCUUCCCGGUGCAAGAAGCAGGAAAGCAUUUACCUUGUUGGAUGUGAUCAACCGUCAUAUAAUUUACAACCAUGAUGGGUCUGAAGGGCCACUCGAUUGGUUAACAUUUGACGUAUCUGUUUACAGUAAACAAGAGAUCCCUGAUUGUUUAAAACAGGGUCAACGGUAUAUUUUUACCAUCAAUAUCACCCCAGUCAACGACCCACCAGAACUAAUCUUCCCAAAUGGGAAUCUUAUGAUGAUCCUUGAAAAUACAUGGAAAGCCCUCGGUCCUGAUGUAGUCCAGGCUGUAGACGUGGAUACCAACUGUGCUGAGUUGAGAAUUAUGGUAGUUAGUGGAUCAGGUUUGGGUUAUAUUCAUAAUGUGAAGAAUCCUGACCAGAGGAUUGGAGAAUUUUCAUGUCAGGAUCUUGAAGCAGGAGAUAUUCGCUAUGUCCACAGAGGCAAUGAGGAUUCUCAAUUAACGAUGCAAGUCAGUGAUGGAGAAAGAGUGAGUGCUGCUUCUCUAUUGAGAAUAACAGUAUUGGAGCCUGACCUUCAAGUGGGCAACAAUACUGGUUUAAUCCUGCCACAAGGAGGCACUAGCUUUAUCACCAUUAGCAACCUGUCUGUGGAAACGAAUGUAAUGGAGCAGAGAGUGGACGUUUGGUACAAUAUCACCGACGUAUUAUACUAUGGUGAGGUUCAGAAACAGGACACGGAUGGGGAGUGGAAACCAGUGAAUCAGUUCCAGCAGCAAGAUCUAGAGCUAGGACACCUCCGCUAUUUCAGCACCGAUCCCGAGUCCCGUGAGAUAGACAUGACUGAGAGACUUCACUUUGCUGCCCGAGUUGGACAAAAGCUCCUUGAGAAUAACAUCUUUCUGAUAAAAAUAAAACGAGCCAAGAUAACACUGGUAACGAUGGCUCCCAAUGAGCUAAUGAAUAUAAGACGGGGGAUGAUCACACAAGAUGCAUUAGAAGCUGCGGUGGAGGACAAAACAGUUUCCGCUGACCAGUUGCGCUACGUUAUUCUAAAAUCUCCUGUGAAUGGGAAGCUCCUGGUAGCAAACGAGGAGCUCGUGGUAGGCUCCACAUUCACUCAGGAGGAUUUGAAGCAAAUUGGCCUCACUUAUAUAGCAAUGAUUAGGAAUGCUGAAGAGACCGAAGAUAGCUUCCAGUUUCAGGUCUUUUUCGAGAGCCGACAUUCCCCAGUGUACACCUAUCCAAUUUUGAUUGCCAUUGACCCAGAGCUACCUGCUUUGGUGAUUAAGGGUUUGGUCGUGAUGGAAGGUGGCACACAAUCCAUCACUGAGAAUGAGCUCUUUGUGAAAAGCGAAUCUAGUAUCGCGUUUGCGUAUAACAUUACUCACGGACCUCAACAUGGGAAACUGAUCGCACAGGCAAGUGGACAAGGACCCAUCACGACUUUUACCAAUGAAGAUAUUCUCCAAGAGAGAUUGUGGUACAAGCAUGAUGACUCUGAAAGUGAAGAGGAUGAGUUUGGUUUUGUUGUUCUGAAACAGUUCGAAGGAGAGGCUGACUCUGAGUCCAACCAGGUCCAUGGCAUCAUGAGAAUCUCCAUCCAGCCCCAAAAUGAUCAGCCGCCAAUGCAAGUGGUGGACAAGAUCUUUAACAUCACCGUCAAUGGGCAGCGCUUGCUAACCACAGAGCAGUUGCGUUUCCACGAUGCCGAUUCCGAUUUUGACGAUUCCCAAUUGAUUUAUACAAAGUGGAGCAUCUCCAACGGUGACAUUGUCUCUGCAGCUGACACUGCUCAAACACUCUCCCGCUUCACUCAGGAAGACAUGGAGAAGAAGCGUGUGCUGUUCGAACACCAUGGAGCCCACCGGGGGAGGUUCCAGCUGCAGGUCUCUGAUGGUGUGCACCAAACCACAGCGGUGAUGGACGUGCAAGCAUCAGAUCCCUACUUGAGAUUGAUCACAAACACCAAGCUGAUGGUCCUACAGCGACAAGAGGCCACUAUCAAUGGGCUUCACCUCAGUGUGGAGUCCAACAUGGACAUCAGGAGCGAAGAGGAAAUAAUUUACCAAGUAACAGAUCCCCCAGGUUAUGGAGAAAUUCUAGUCAACGGUGAAGUGGGGUUGGCUUUUUCACAGCAAGAUAUAAACCAGGGACAAGUAGUCUAUCGCCACAAUGGGAAUAGACAGUCAAAGGAUUCUUUUAACUUUCUAGUUGGAGUGAAUCAGAUGCAAGUGAUGGGGACUUUUGGCAUUCAGAUCUUUUUGGAAAGUCAUCGCAACUCGCCAACCGUUCUCCACAACAAAAAGCUCUUUGUUAAACAAGGGAAAGCAACGACAAUUUCGAAAGAACAACUGCUAGUUUCCCACAAUGAUAGUGCCCCGUCAGACGUGAUCUACACUGUAAAAACUCCUCCACUCCAUGGCCAGUUGGUUAUGGUCACUGAUAGCCAGCCACUGGCCAGACAGGGUCACAUUCAAUCAUUUUCUCAGAAAGAUAUAAACAGGGGCAAAAUUCAAUACUUUAAUUCCAGGCUCAGUCCUCAGGGGGAUGUGUUUAUCUUGGAUGUAACUAACGGAUAUCAGACAGUGGAGGGAUUGACAGUAUUUGUGGAGGUCAUUCCUGACGCAGUUCUCUCAGUGACACAGAAUAUCUCAGUCAGAGAAGGUGACCUGGAAGCCAUCACUGAGCAGGUCUUAAACGUGUCAAGUUAUCUCACAAACCUGAAUUUGGAUUUGAAUUUCUUCAUCGUGGAAGCUCCUCAACGGGGUAUCAUCGAACACCAAAGGCGUCCUGGCGUUAGAUUAUCUCAAUUUACUAUGGAAGAGGUUAAAGAUGGAAGGGUCUUCUACGCUCAUGACAACAGCGAAACCCUGACCGACAGCUUCACUCUUGUCCUCAAUUCUUCAGCCAUUGCCAGGCUCAGCCAACCAGUCACGGUAACCGUGAGUGUGGUUCCUGUGAAUGAUGAAGUUCCAGUUAUCAGUGUGAAUACCGGAUUGGAGUUGUGGGAAGACACAGUGGCUGCAAUAACACAAGACAUGCUGAACAGCGAGGACAGAGAUUCACCUCCAGAAAAAGUGGUUUAUUCCAUUAGCUCCCCAUCUAAUGGCCAUGUGACAUUGACCUCAUCCCUGGAGAGUAACAUCCUGCAGUUCACACAGGCUCAGAUAAACGCUGGCGAGAUUCGAUUUGCACAUUACGGGUCGCUGCUUGGAGGAUUUCAAUUUGAGGUGUCCGAUGGAGUGAAUCACUCACCCACCCAACUGUUUAUGGUCAGUGCUAAGCGUUCUGACAUCCUGAUUGAAAUAAAGGAGCAUCUCAGGGUUUAUCCAGGAACACGCCAGCAAAUCACACGCCAACACCUGAACACUGUGACUAAUGAUGAGCGGGCAGAGAGCUGGUCAAUCACGUAUGAGAUCGAGACCGCGCCUGCUCUGGGCAGCAUCAUCACAGGACGAGGUGCCAAUAAAACCGAGCAACUUUUCAGCUUCACCCAAGCAGAUCUGGAAGCCGGGACUGUUUUCUACCAACACAACAGGCCAAAUAAGCCGUUCUGGAAAGCCCAGGAUUCUUUGCAGUUCACAGUCUCCACUCUCUUCGCCACAUCAGAGAAGCAGAUACUAAAAGUGUGGAUUUCUUUUGAAGUGCAGAAUUCUGAGCAAAAGACCCAGCUGUGGAAUAAUAAAGGUCUUGUCGUGUCUGAAGGUCAAAGUGCAGUAAUUGAUCAAUCCGUGUUGGACGCUUCAAACCUUUUAGAGAGUAUCCAGACAUCUGAGCAGUCAGCGUAUGAUGUGGUGUUUGAGGUGACGGCACAGCCGGAGCAUGGGAUUCUCUCGGUAGCAGACACAAGCAAAGUCCAGUAUUUCUUCCAGUCAGACCUGGUGGACUCUAAGCUGAGGUACACACAUGACAAUUCGGACACAUUAACAGAUCAUUUGGUAAUUCGAGCCUGGCUCAGUCCAAAAAGAAAGAUAUUCUCCAAUCCUGCAGUUGAUGGGAAAACUAUUGUCAUAUCAGAGAUCUUCAAUAUAACUGUAACACCAGCGAGUGUUAAUCCUCUCCUGCUGUUGACACAAAUCGUAACCUUGCAUGUCCUGCAAGGCUCCAGUCUUGAGCUGACUCAAGACCACAUGUACACUCUUGCCCCAGAUAAUGGACCGGAAGAAAUUCAAUACAAUAUCAUUGAUGAUCCUGGCAAUGGGUUCUUUGCACACAAGGUACUUGACAGCGCAGUUAUAAAACACUUCACACAGGCAGAUAUCAACACAGGAAGAGUGCUGUUCAAAGCAACUGGCAACCCAUCUACCAGCACCUUUCACUUCAGUGUCUCUGUUGAAAAGCAUCUGCCAGUUACCGGUUCUGUCACCACUGAAGUAACAGCAGUGAUUGUUAGUGUAAUCCAUAAUAGAAACAUUUUAUUACUGCAAGGUGAUGAGAUGAUCCCCAUAACUAGAGAGGAGCUCUUAGUGGACAGUAAUAGCAAUGAGUCAAUACUCUAUAAAAUAACACAGCAGCCAAGUAAAGGCAGCCUAUCUGUGAACCAGACUGUGGUGAGCAGGUUCACACAGAAGCACAUUGAUGAUGGAGAGCUAAAGUACCACAUGACCAACCUCUCAGACUCUCAAGACAGUUUCCGCUUCCUCGCGCUGACUAGAGGGGGAAACGUUUCAGGCACAGUUAAUAUUACAGUGAAGCCCUUAGUGAGGGUGGAGCGUAACCUUCAGUGGCCCAGAGGGACCACAGUCUUGAUUGAUGUUGAUACCUUAGAUGCCAGUGAGCUGUUCAAUAGAUCCAGGAGCAUUCCUUCAUUCAAUAUUGUGCGAGAGCCCACAGUGGGAAGGCUGAUUAUAGUGCAUGAACAGAAUGGAACCCAAAGGCCACUUGGGAAUAAAUUCACCCAGUCUGACCUAGAGGAAGGAAAGGUUGCAAUUGAAGUGUUUGACUACGGUGAGACUGGCUCUUCCUCUAAGACUGACAGUAUCCAGUUUAUUCUGACAGCUGAUGGAGUGCCACCUGGUAUAGGUACUUUAGAAUUUAAUACCAUCCCCUAUGUACCAACUCAACACUACAAUGCCACAUUGCUUAAAAUCUUGUCUCUGGGAGACAGCAUGUUGCCAAAGUCCAGUAGCAGCCCCACAGUCAGUGAAGCUGAUAAAGUGGAUCCUAACUUCUCAACAACUUGGAAUCUGAAUAAAGAGGAGAGAAGAGGCAGUAUGUCAACAUCAAGUAGCAUCAUAACACGGCCCCAGCCAACCGCAACUAAUGAAAAGGUCCUCGUGUCAACCGACAAUAGUCUGAUGGCUAUCAUCAUCACAGUCAUUCUGAUCGCUUUGUUGCUGUUAAUCGCCUUCAUAGUUGUCUUUUACAUUAUGAAGCGCAACAAAACUGGGAAGCACAACGUGCAGGUGGCAGCUUCGAAGCCCAAGAAUGGGACUGUGGAGAAAGAGACCUUUAGGAAGACUGAGCUGGCUCAAUCCGUCCCACUGGUGCCUGUCACACCACUCAACGGCGCCCAACCCAACACCAGCCAUGGUGACAAUGACCCAAAUCAAUUCUGUAGAACCAGCAACCCUCCUCUGAAAACAAAUCAGUACUGGGUUUGAGGUGCUCCUCCAUUCCAACAAACCCGCUCAGCACCCUUGGCUUGAGUAAUGUCUUACCGUGCAGCCUGAUUACUCAGAUAUAGACUAUCGAUGAAGCUGGU